GAAUAUACUUCGUAAAAUAUACGUCGUGUGCGUGCGAAUUACGCGAGUGUGCAGAGUGAAUGAAGGUGUUAAUUUAUUCUCGUCAUUAUUAUCCUCGUCGUCGUCGUCGUUGUUCUUAGUUGUGAUAUUGAUAUGAAGAAGCUUUUAUUAGUGAGCAUAUUUUUUUUUGCAAAUGCCGAAGUUCUCAUAACCGACGUCGACCAACCGAUACCCAUCACCGAGGUUUCAGCGGUGGCGGGGUUCAAGGCCCGGCUACCGUGCCAUGUGACCCCAUCUUCCAGAGGCGACGUUCUCUUCAUGGUUCUCUGGUACAAUGAGAAGGUCGACGGCGAGCCUGUUUACAGCCUCGAUGUACGAGGGCGAGGCUUCGAUCAAGCCAAGUUAUGGUCCGAUCCAAACGGCUUCGGCAGACGUGCCCUGAUGAAUGUCAACGCCAGUCCAGCCGAGCUGGUCAUCGACGAUCUGCUGGUCUCUGACGCAGGCGUCUACAGAUGCAGGGUGGACUUCAAGAACAGUCCGACCAGAAACGUGAAGAUCAAAUUGAACGUGAUCGUCCAGCCAGAUCAGCCAGUGGUGUUGGACGCGAAUCGGCGAACGAUCGAGAAAGUAUCACCGAUAUACAACGAGGGUUCAAAUUUGACCCUGUUCUGUGAGACGUGGGGUGGAAGUCCACCUCCAAGGCUGACAUGGUACCUUGGUAACGAAGUGAUGGACGACACCUAUUACAGGGAGAAAGACGAGGUCACUGUGAACCGUCUGGACAUUCACAGGAUAACAAGGACGUUCUUUGGAGCUCGAUUGGUGUGCUUGGCCAGUAACAACAAGCUGGUUCCACCGCUGAUGACGGAGAUAGUGAUGAACGUGAACCUGAAGCCGUUUGCCGUCAACAUAACCAGCAAGGAGCCGUCCCUUUCGGCGUUCAGGACAUACGAGAUAAACUGCACGAGCUUUGGGUCGAGGCCGAAGGCUGUGAUAACGUGGUGGAAGGGUGAUCACCAGGUGAAGCACAUGGCAAGAAACUUUGCAGAGUUUCCAAACGUGACGAAAAGCAUCCUGAGCUACGUGCCGACUAUCGAGGAUGAUGGGAAGUAUCUGACAUGUCGAGCGGAGAACCCGGAAGUGCCUAACAGCGCUCUAGAGGACAGAUGGCAUUUGGUUAUCCAUUACCUGCCAAUCGUCACGAUAAGGAUAGGCUCGAGCAUAAACGCUCGUGAUAUAAAGGAAGGCGACGACGUUUACUUCGAGUGCAACGUCAAGGCUAAUCCAAAGGCCUACAAGCUUUCCUGGUUCAAGAACGGGAAAGAACUACAUCAAAACGUCUCGAUCGGUAUCAUAUUUAGCGAUCGUUCUCUGGUUCUUCAAAGUCUGACUCGCCAUUCGUCAGGCGACUAUACUUGCCUCGCAGCAAACACUGAGGGCAAGUCUUCCAGCGAGCCUGUCACCCUUGAGGUCAUGUACGCACCGAUUUGCAAGGAAGGAUCGGUGAUGCAGGUCGUCGGGGCGUUGAAACACGAAACCAUAUCCUUGUUCUGUGGCAUCCAAUCGCGGCCACCGCCGACCAAUUUUCACUGGACAUUCAACAAUUCUGGAGAACUUGUCGACGUACCAUCGACUCGUUAUUCGCAGGUAGAGACUGUCAGACUGUUUACCAACCAGUGGCAUGGCUCUCGUCUCAACUACACACCGUCCUCCGAAAUGGACUAUGGGACCAUCGCCUGCUGGGCCAGGAACCAGGUUGGCAGACAGAAGAACCCUUGCCUCUUCCAGAUCAUUGUUGCUGGUCGACCUUAUCCACUUCACAACUGCACUGCUGUUCAGUCCACUGGACCCUACGCCUACAGGAUGGGACUAGACGAGGGUAGAGUUACGGAUUCGCGUGAGGCUGAUUGGCUGAUAGUGAGAUGCACCGAGGGUUUCGACGGCGGUUUACCAGUCACGAGUUUCGAGCUAGAGGUUUACAGCGAGGAGACAGUUUCCAGGGCGAACACGAUAUUCUCCUCGAACCAGACGGACCGACUAGGGUCCCAAGGUCCGAUAUUCGAGGUUCCGGGCUUGGAACCAGGUCGAAACUACAGACUGCUGCUCUACGCAGUGAACGCCAAGGGGAAGAGCGACCCGGUUGUCCUGGAGCCGAUAACGCUGAAAGGGGUGGCGAUGUACACGACGGGACGAGAUUCCUCUGAAAACAAAAAGGACUACAGCCUGCUGGUGGCGUGUUUCGCCGGGGGUGUAACGGCAGUGUGCAUCCUGGUCGUGGGUGUGACGUUGACACUGUACCGUCGUAGCCACCCUUCGCGUCAGGGGAAGGUCCCGGAGGGUGUUGAUAGGGAUGUCCGUGAAUACAGCGAGUUGCGUGAAAAGGAUGAGAAGCGAGAGCCGCAGGACCUCCAGGAACCGUCGCAGGACGAAGAGCCCGACGUUAUCCCGAUAAAGGUCGACCGUCGGCCGGACAUCUUCGAGCCAACGUACGCGGCGAAACCGGAACGGAUAAAAAACUUGCCCUCGAACAUGGAGCGUUUCGGUUAUCCCUCAUCGCCAUCCUCCGUCCUCCACGGCAAGGACUCCUGGAUAUACUCGGAGGGUUUCACGGAGCGUCCUUCGCCCCCUUCGCCCCCGGAAAACCCCGUAAUCAGCCCCCUGCGCCCCAACACCCUUCCCGUCGUCCGCAAUCACGAUAACAUCUACACGAGGAGUUCCCGCGUUCAGGAAAGUUGUAUAUAAUCCUAU